UUAUAAAUCUGACGAACUCAAAAUCUCUUUCCUCCCAAACAAACGCACACCAUUUCCACAAACAUCGUACUUAUCGCCUUCUCUCUCUCUGAAUCCGCCAUGCAAGCUCUUCAAUCCUCCUCCCUCCGUGCCUCCCCACCGAACCCACUCCUCAAACCUUCGAAUCGUCAAUCUCACCAAAUCACCAAUGCGAGACAUCCCACCAGGAGACGCACAUUCAUCUCCGCUUCAGCCGCCGUCUCCGCUCCCAAACGCGAAACGGAUCCGAAGAAACGCGUCGUGAUCACCGGAAUGGGACUCGUCUCCGUCUUCGGGAACGACGUCGACGCUUACUACGAGACACUGCUCUCCGGCGAGAGUGGGAUCAGCUUGAUUGAUCGAUUCGAUGCUUCCAAGUUCCCGACUCGAUUCGGUGGCCAGAUCCGUGGGUUUAGCUCUGAGGGUUACAUCGAUGGGAAGAACGAGCGGAGGCUUGAUGAUUGUCUGAAGUAUUGCAUUGUGGCUGGGAAGAAGGCUCUUGAAAGUGCUAAUCUUGGUGGUGAUAAGCUUAACACGAUUGAUAAGCAGAGAGCUGGAGUACUAGUGGGGACUGGUAUGGGUGGUUUGACUGUGUUUUCAGACGGAGUUCAAGCUCUUAUUGAGAAAGGUCACAGGAGGAUAUCUCCGUUUUUUAUUCCUUAUGCAAUCACAAACAUGGGUUCUGCUUUGCUGGCGAUUGAUCUUGGUCUCAUGGGUCCUAACUACUCGAUCUCUACCGCUUGUGCCACCUCUAACUACUGCUUUUACGCCGCUGCCAACCACAUUCGCCGUGGGGAAGCUGAUAUGAUGAUUGCUGGUGGAACCGAGGCUGCCAUUAUUCCUAUUGGUCUGGGAGGUUUCGUUGCUUGCAGGGCGCUUUCGCAGAGGAAUAAUGACCCGAAAACCGCUUCGAGGCCAUGGGAUAAACAGAGAGAUGGCUUUGUAAUGGGUGAAGGAGCUGGUGUUCUGGUGAUGGAAAGCUUGGAACAUGCGAUGAAGCGUGGUGCUCCAAUUGUAGCAGAAUAUCUUGGAGGUGCUGUCAACUGUGAUGCUCAUCAUAUGACUGAUCCAAGAGCUGACGGGCUUGGUGUCUCUUCAUGCAUUGAGAGCUGCCUUGAAGAUGCUGGUGUUUCACCCGAGGAGGUAAAUUACAUCAAUGCGCAUGCAACUUCCACACUUGCUGGUGAUCUUGCUGAGAUUAAUGCCAUUAAAAAGGUAUUCAAGAGCACUGCUGGGAUCAAAAUCAAUGCCACAAAGUCUAUGAUAGGUCACUGCCUCGGUGCAGCUGGAGGUCUUGAAGCCAUUGCGACCGUGAAGGCUAUCAACACUGGAUGGCUUCAUCCCUCAAUCAACCAAUUUAACCCAGAACCAGCCGUGGACUUUGACACGGUCGCAAACGAGAAGAAGCCGCACGAGGUGAACGUUGCCAUAUCAAAUUCGUUUGGGUUCGGUGGACAUAACUCAGUUGUCGCCUUCUCUGCCUUCACACCCUGAUUCCUUCAAGACCCUUUUGUAUUUUCUUCUCCAACUGUUACAUCACCACCAUCAUUCAUCAGGCAUCAUCUUCCUUGAGCUUCUUGGUUCCACGAGUUUGAGCUCUUUCGUUGGCGUUUUACGUUCCGUUCAACAUUGUUCAUUGAGAUUUCAAAUUUUGCUUCUCAAUCGUAAGAAAUGUUUGUAUCUGUAUCUGAGUUCGUUUCAUAUUUGUCUAAUUUAUAAACAGAACCAAUAAUCUUGUAGCAAUGAUGUUAUUCUCAGAAAGGAGUUCUCAAUCUUUUUUUUUUGCA